AAACUGAGCGAGAGAAACAUACGCGCGUGAAUCGGUUUCCUGUGGGCUAUUAACUAUCCAUUCUGUUGCUGCUUUAAUGUAGCCUGUAGCUAUUCAAUAUCAUUCGACUAAACGGGCUAGAGGCGCUUCAGAGCUGCUGGAGGCGCAUGUCUGCGGCAGACAAGGAGCGUCUGUCGGAUGAAUGGAAAGCCAGACGGGCUCCGCUGUAGACUGCGGUGAUCGGAUAACCUGUUGAAUUGAAGCUGUCAGUCAGCCGUGCGGCCGACACAGCCAGAAAUCCCUUAACACUAGAAACAAAAAAAAAACACAGCGCUUUAUCACAACAGCAACAAAACUGACUUCACGGUUUUUCAGCUGAUGGUUAUUUCCAGUGAUGGAAUGUUUUCAUGCCGGGUAAAUGCACCCUGUCCUCGCGGCUCAACCCGUCUGCGCGUCCGCAAAAUACAGUUCUUUCUUAUUAGCUGCUGACACAUGUGAAUGCGGCUGUGGGAAGUCAUGUUGUAGACAUACUGGGAAGGAAGUAGUGUGAAAUAUAAAUCGAGAAAGAUGGAAAAAAUACUUUUCGUAUCUGAAUUGUCUGGCACAUUGUUGGUCGUAGCGUUCCUUGAAGGUAAGAACAUGCGGCAGUUCAUUUGACACUACACCGCACGUAUACGCGCGAGGCUCUGCCGGUCCGACCUUGAGUCACAUCUCCACACUGGCUGCCCACGGAUUUCCAGUUUCGUGGUUGUUGAAAAUAGCUUGGCUGCUCCCUGCCGCUAUGGCUAAUUCCUUAGGAACCGGUGGAUCCAGUUUGAUCCAUCCCUCUCCUUUAUUUCCCUUCGCCAACUUGUUGAGUCUUCGCCCCUCGGUGUUCCUAUUGUAAAAAAAAAAGUGCGACGUGUACGGCUCGUGUAGUUACAGUGCGACUUCUGGAGAAAUGUCGUUAGUUUGAAUCAUACGGGUGUAGGGCUCGAUGAGACGGUGUCGUUGUCAACUUUUCAAGUGGAAAACUCGACUAGGACGCGCGCAGAAGAGGCUUUGAGGCAGCAACAGUCACAGUGUAGGAAACUGUAGAUGCGCUCCUCCUUAACUUUUCUCUGCCUUUUUCUGAAUCUGCUCGGAUUAAUUAUCAGAUACUCCUUUCAUUGGAGUGUAAUCGUUGUUGAAACAUGCUGGCUUGAAAGACAGUUUGUCAUACGAGAGAUCACUGGACGACAUAGAUCAUUUUGACUUUUUUUGUUUCAUUAAAGGGAGGUGGAGACAACUUUACCACCCCUCCCUCGUCCUUUACUGAAAUUACCAACUAAAUUUGCACAGGGGAGACGCUUGAAGCACUCCCUGCAGCACUUGAAAUGGAGGCUCCCGAUGGCUACUGUGCUAGUAACGGCCAAUGCUCUCCCGGUAAGGAGAACUCAAGAAUGCUGGCGGCUGUGUCAACACCUAAUGGACGGACAGUACCUCAGGUUCCUAAUUCCCCAAGUGAACUGGAAAUUAAACAGGAGGAAGAAACAGCAGAGGAGGCUGACAACAGAAGCCCAGCAGAAAUAAGCCAAACAGAGGAGGAAGGAGUAGCAUUGGAAGAAUCCAUGACUGACAGCCCAAGCAACAUACAAGAUGGAUUAUCUGAGACAAACAUGACAGCUGAUUUAGGAAGUCGACAAACACACGGUGACAGGCCGUUCCAAUGCAACCAGUGUGGCGUCUCAUUCACCCAGAAGGGAAACCUGCUAAGACACGUCAAGCUGCAUACAGGUGAAAAACCCUUCAAAUGCCCCUUCUGCAGCUACGCCUGCCGGCGGCGUGAUGCCCUCAGCGGGCAUUUGCGCACUCAUGCUGUUGGCAAACCACACAAGUGUAACUUCUGUGGGCGGAGCUACAAACAGCGCACUUCUCUGGAGGAACAUAAAGAGCGCUGCCAUAGUUACCUGCAUGGUAUCGGCUUGGAUCCGAGCGCCAACACUGGCCCUUACACAGGUAAGGUCCCUAAAGACCCAAGGCCCAUGGCGGAGCCCAACACCAUGCCUACCUUUGAUCGGCCACCUGUCAUUGAAAGACUGCUCAGCAACGUGGGCAAGAGGAAGAGCACCACGCCUCAGAAAUUUGUGGUGCCACUAUUUCAUGCAGGUGAAAAGAUGGUACGCUACAGAUACCCUGAACUAGGCUAUGAGAUGGGCCUUAAGUAUGAGAAGCAGGCUGAACUGAUGUCGGCCCACAUGAUGGACCAGGCCAUCAGCAAUGCCAUCACAUACCUGGGAUCGGAAACUCUUCAGCCCAUGCUCCAUCAUCCGGGUCCCCCUCUCUCUAUGCCUGAAGGGGUGCCUAUGGUCAACCCCCUCUUCCACCAUGCCCUGCCAUUGGGCCAACGAACAGAUCAUCCAGGAAACUAUGACACGCUGAAACCUCAGCAUCUUCAGCCCCUUCAGCCCCAUGACUUCCCCAGCCAUCCCACCACUAAUGGCCCAACUGCCUUAUCCAGGCUGGGCAAGCUGCACCAUGCAGGGCAAGAAGAAUCUCCCAACAACAGUGGAAUUGACUCUGCUGACUCAGCUCGCAGCAGCCCUCGUGAGAGGCAGGGACACCAUGGGAGCAACCCCAUUCCCGGCCUCAGUUCUCGAGCCAGUCCAGCGGUGGGCUAUUCAGGUGACCGGGUGACAGAAGCGUCACCUAGAAGUGUUGCAGGAAUGGGGACUGGGAUAAUGCGAGUGGCCACAGAGAAGCCUGUGAGCCAGGAUGGGGUUCGGGUGUUUGGACGAGAGGGCCAGGAGUUACGGGCCUACCAGUGCGAGCACUGCCGGGUGCUCUUCCUGGACCAUGUCAUGUACACCAUCCACAUGGGUUGCCAUGGAUACAGAGAUCCAUUGGAGUGCAACAUCUGUGGUCACCGCAGCAAAGACAGCUAUGAGUUCUCCUCUCACAUAGUCCGUGGUGAACACACCAUCCAGUAAAAGGAUGGGUGGGAAUUUAGGGAAAGACAAAAGGAAGGAAAGGAGCAAUAGCCUGAUAUCCGUCCUUACCCUCAGGCAUCUGAGACUGCACAGUUGAAGGGCACUGUAGACAAGUGUAGCACAAUCAUAGCAGAUACUUAUUUUAAGCUAAUUAUGUGACUCUGGACAGUUGAACAAUCAUAUGAAGGUAUGGGCCAAAGACAUAUUUUCUACAUAUUUCAUUGAGAUUAAUAAAGAAGAAGGAAGGUGAGUUGUUUUGUUUUCUCGCAAAAUGUUCAUGAAUUGUUUAACAGAGCAGCUGUCAAACUACUUAAACUAGUUUUUCAUUUUAGUCUUAUUUGGAAAGGUCUCCUGUUGUGCUUGUCUUGUCAUCGUGGUUUUGUUACAGAAGUAAAGAAUGCUUACAAAUGCAAUGUCAUGUGUUAAAUACAAUGUCAUAUUUAACACAAGGCAGAGGUAAAGACUUCAGAUAUUCUCUAAGUUAAUUAAAUAAUAAUAAUACAAUUCAUGAUUUAUGUCAUGGACAUAAUAACAGUAUGUAUUUAAUUGGCCCACUUAGUAUGGCAUAUCACACAGGACCCAUGUAGUUUUAUUUUUCUUUCUUGUUUAUGAUAUUGCCAAGGCCUAAUAAUGCUUGUUUUUCCUCAUGAAAAAUGAUGGUACACAUAUUGUCAUGGUCAACUGGUGCUGUAUGUUCUAGCUGCAAGCAACUUGAUGUCCAUUUGGACUUGAUUGCCACCAGUGGUGUGGUUGUCUCUGAUUGUAGGCUAUCUACCGUAUCUGCAGCUGUAGACAUUUGACUUGCCAUCAUCUUCAGAAUUAGGUUGUGGUUUAGUAUUGCUGCGUGUAUUUGCAUAGUUUCCAUGGAUUAGCAUACAUAGAUUACUUCCAAAUUUGUAGAAAUCAAGCUUACUUUAGACUUUACUGUGGACCCCCAAUAAUGGAUACAAUAACAAAUGCAUUUAAUUGAGACAUUUCCCUUUUAGUACUGUAAAUAAAUGUGAAGGGAACUUGUAGGCUAUGAAUCCAUGAAGAGAAGUGUUAAUACGAGUGUAUUGAAUGUGUCAAUAAACACAAAUACAAAAUAGAUUUACAGAUGCAUAUCACACAUUGUACAUGGCGGUAGGCUAAUCACAAAUGCAUUUUCCAACCCACUAACACAUGCAAAUAAAUGUUACAUAUAUAGAAUGCAUUUAAAACAAUUCAUGUUCCUUUAAUUAAUACCUAAUUUGUGAAGCUGGUGAAGUUUAAAACAAAAUCAGACGACACCCAAAAGCUAAUGCUAAAAGGCUACGUAGCCUGCUGAUAACAGAAAACUACCUCUUAACAACCACUUUGUAAGAUUCAGCCAAUGUGAUAGCCUUCUUUAAUACACUUCGACUGCAGUUAUAUAGAAUAAAAGGGCUGUUUUUUGUCUUUGCUACACUUGAGUAGUGGACCAGCUAUGCUAAACACCAAUGCUAGUGAAGCUAGCUAGCUAAGUAGCCUACAAACCUCUCACAAAAUCCUAUCAAUGUUUUAGACUAUCAAUUGCUUAGUGUUUACUUACACCACUCGUUUUUGAACUAUCAGGGGCUGGUAAAGCACUUCCAUACCACUACUAGCUCAGAGAAAGAAGACCACCAACUUCCUGUGGCUGACUUGUAUGUUUUGUAAUUUUAAAAGACAAAAUUCCAAACUAUUUGGAAAAAAUAUAUAUAAUACUAGUUUAUUCUAUAAAUAUAUCAAAAAGACUGCAUUUUUAAAAUGGCUACAUGUGUAAUCAAAUCCGCAUGCAGAUAGGGAAACAAAUUACAAACAUUUUACAAUCAUAUGCACAAGAAGCAUUUCCAACCCAAGUUUAAAUAUAAUGCAUUUAGAGUUCAUUCUAAUACAAUUAUAAAAUAUGCUCUUAAGAUUGUCAUAUACAUUUGUAAAUCUAUAUAUUUCUAUCUCAUGAAACUGCAUUUGUUGCUUGUAUUUGGACUUGUUACUCUCCACAGUAGUCAGCCUCUGUUCAGUUUGCACUUACAAGGUAAAACUAUUGAUUAUGAAGCAAAGUUACAAUGAAAGGAAAACAAGGAAGUAAACAAUGCUUAGCCUAAUGGAAUUUAUCAGCCCAGUGGCCCUAAAAAGGUAAAUAUUUUUCUCUCAUCUGCUAAGCUAAUGCGUAUUUCGCACAAAUAGCUGGCCACUUACAUGUUUCCCUGACUGUUCCUAUACAAAAUUAUUCGAUCCUGGUGACUCAUGAGUUGUGUUUCCUGCAGUUUGAGCACACAGUUAGAUUCCUUAACGAGUAUUAUAGUUAGUUUGAAACUGGCAGACUUACACAUUGACAGAGGGUGGUAGCUGUUUUCAUUUUGAUGACUUAAAAUGAUGCUUUAUGGCAAUGGGUACCAAAGAGAUAAAGGAGGCUAAAGAUACUUUACUGCUUUAGGCUUCUCUUUUUGAUCUAAGCCACUUUGUGCUUUAGGCUGGAUGGCUGUGUGUAUGUAUAUAUAAUUGUUGUGCUUUUUUGGGGGUAGGG